GUGAAGAAGGGGGCCUUAGCUUUAGCUUAGUGACUUUGUGAUUGUUUUUUCCCUCCCCAAAGACACUAACACCAUCUGCAAUCUCUAGUUAAAAUCUAUACUUUCUUCCGCUCUUACCGAAACACACACACACACAGUACAACAACAGAUCGCGAAACUCGAUCACUCUUUGCUCUCUCCAGUUCCAUCUUCUCGUUCCCCAUUUAAGAGCUUACAAACUGUGCCCUCUCUUCAUUUCUCUGAUUGAUGCAGAGCUGCCCGCCAACGAGUGGGAGGCAAAGAGACAAAACAAAGGAAAAUAUUGAUUCAAAGCUGUGUUUUUUAUCGCUUUUUCGCAUUCAAGGCAAACAUUGGUGCCUGCCCAAGUAAGCCAAACCGAGCUGAUGUGCUUAAAGGCCCUGUUUUGAUGGUUUAUUGAUCGAAUCUGGGACAUGGGUCGGUGCCGAAUCGUGAUUUGGUGGUGAAUUGUGGAGGACAUUAGGCAAAGAUGCGGCGACGGGCGGCCGAGUAUCGGCGCCCGGUUCGAAGGAGGUUUUCAUAUUGGAUCUGGGCUCUUUUUGGACUCUUCUCGAUUGCAGGCCUGGUUUUGUUAGUCGUUCACCAUAAUCAGCAUGAAGAUCGGGUCGAACAGCCUGUACUGGAAAGAAAUACGGGACUUGACCAGGUUGCUCACGAGAGUUUAAAUUUUACGGAAGAAAUAUUGAGUGCUAGAUCGUUUUCCAGGCAGCUGGCUGAGCAAAUGACACUUGCCAAAGCUUAUGUUAUUAUUGCCAAAGAGCACAAUAACCUUCAUCUUGCUUGGGAGCUUAGUUCAAAGAUUAGAAAUUGCCAGCUUUUGCUAUCAAAAGCUGCCAUGAGGGGGGAGCCAGUCACCUUAGAGGAAGCAGAGCCAAUAAUUAAAAGCCUUUCAUAUCUUAUAUUUAGGGCAGAAGAUGCACAUUAUGACAUUGCAACCACAAUAAUGACAAUGAAAUCUCAUAUCCAAGCCCUCGAAGAGCGUGCAAAUGCAGCCACAGUUCAAAGCACAGUAUUUGGGCAACUAGCUGCUGAAGCAUUACCCAAAAGCCUCCAUUGCCUAAAUGUUAAACUCACAGCUGAUUGGCUUAGAAAGCCAUCUCUGCAAGAACUUGCAGAUGAGAAGAGGAACUCUCCCAGACUCAUGGACAACAAUCUCUACCAUUUCUGCAUAUUUUCGGACAAUGUGUUGGCCACCUCUGUGGUUGUCAACUCUACUGUCUCCAAUGCUGACCAUCCAAAACAGCUGGUCUUCCACGUUGUCACGAAUGGGAUCAACUAUGGCACUAUGCAGGCUUGGUUCCUCAGUAAUGAUUUCAAAGGGUCCACAAUAGAAGUGCAUAAUGUUGAGGAAUUUUCUUGGUUUAAUGCCUCUUAUGCUCCGAUCGUGAAGCAGCUCCUCAAUGCAGAUUCCCGAGCCUACUAUAUUGGAGGAUAUAAAGAUAAUGUUGCACCAAAGUUGCGGAGCCCUAAGUAUCAAUCUUUGCUCAAUCACCUUCGAUUUUACAUCCCAGAGAUCUAUCCGCAGCUGGAGAAGGUAGUUUUUCUUGAUGAUGAUGUUGUUGUCCAGAAGGAUCUGACCCCACUUUUCUCAUUGGAUUUGCAUGGAAAUGUGAACGGAGCAGUGGAAACUUGUCUUGAAGCAUUUCAUCGUUAUUAUAAGUAUCUCAAUUUCUCAAACACAAUCAUCAGCUCGAAAUUUGAUCCACAGGCAUGUGGAUGGGCCUUUGGUAUGAAUGUUUUUGAUCUAAUUGCUUGGAAGAAAGCGGACGUAACUGCACGUUAUCAUUACUGGCAGGAGCAGAAUGCUGAUGGGACGCUUUGGAGGGUGGGCACUCUUCCGCCUGGCCUUCUAACUUUUUAUGGUCUGACAGAGCCGCUUGAUAGGAGAUGGCAUGUAUUAGGACUGGGGUAUGAUCUGAAUAUUGACAACCGAUUGAUUGAGAGCGCGGCGGUUGUUCACUUUAAUGGAUUCAUGAAGCCAUGGCUGAAGUUGGCCAUUGAAAGGUAUAAGCCUCUUUGGGAGCGAUAUGUAAAUCAAAGCCACCCAUAUCUCCGGGAUUGUGUCACAAGUUAGAAUGUGCUACUUCUUGAUUGCUAGUAAUUCAUGCGAUCUUCGAUA